UCAGAAACCACCGACGCUUACCAGGACAAGGCUGCUUUCAACAUCAUGAACAGCUCUCUGGAUGAACCUCUCCAUUACGCGGGGGGCUACCAACCCCAGGACUCCAAGGAAUGGAAGGUGAUCAUCCCGGCUUUCUUGGGGGUGAUUUGCCUGGCGGGCUUUGCUGGGAAUGUGUGUGUAAUUGGAAUCUUAAUGUACAAUACAAAGAAAGGGAAGCCUUCGGUGAUUCAUUCUUUGAUCUUCAACCUCAGCCUGGCAGAUCUGCUCCUCGUUCUUUUUGUCCUGCCCUUCAGGGCAGCGGCUUAUUCUCAAGGAGUCUGGUACUUGGGCUGGUUUCUUUGCAAAGCCUCUGACUGGUUCCAACAAGCUUGCAUGACAGUGAAGAGUCUAACUAUUGCUGUGGUGGCCAAGACAUGCUUCAUGUAUGCAAAUAAUCCAGCGAAACAAGUGAAUAUUAAAUGGCACGCCAUCUGUGCAGUGCUGAUGGUUAUUUGGCUGGUUGCCUUGGGAAUCCCACUACCUCUGUGGUUCUUCAGCAGCCUUUGGGAGCCAGAGAUAGGCUCAUCUUUGUGCAUUGUGAUUAUUCCAACCCAAGCUCAUGAGUUUAUGUCAGCCUUUGUCAAAUUUUACCCCUUCCUGGUAUUUUGUGCCCCUCUCACCUUUGCUUUCUUUUAUUUCUGGAGAGCAUAUGGUAGAUGCCAGAGGAGGGGGACCAAGACUCAAAAUCUAAGGAAUCAGAUUCGAUCCAGGUGUUUGACAAUGAUGCUUCUGAGUGUUACCAUUACUUCUGCUGUGAUGUGGUUUCCUGAUUGGAUAUCUUGGUUCUGGCUCUGGCACCAGAAGAAGGAUGGACCUGCUCUCCCACAAGGUUUUAUGGCCACUACCCAGGUUUUGAUGUUUGCCAUCUCUUCAGCAAAUCCUGUUAUCUUUGUACUCAUGUCUGAAGAAUUCAGAGAGGGUUUUAAAGGUCUAUGGAAAUGGUUUACACUGAAAAAGCCUCUACCUCCUACAGAAGAUCUGGAGGAAACAGCAGUUGAUAACUUGGAGGGAAUCCCGAGCAAUGCUCCUUCACCAGAGGCAAUGACUCCUAAUCAAGAGGAAGAGCCCCCUUCUGUCCCUGCUACCUCAGAAGACUUGGAGAUGCCCGUUUUGCCAGAUGUUGAGCAAUUCUGGAAUGAAAGGGAAGCUCUUCCUGAUGCUCAAGACAAUGAUCCUGUUCCUUGGGAACAUGAAGGACGAGAGAUACCAGGAUGCGAUCAACCAAAGUGCAAUUAGGAAGCUGGAAACCAAAUUUUACUAGGUUGGAUUCAGGCAUAGUCAUGUUUAGGGGAGAUUCACUGAAAUCAUGGGAUGUUCCUUGGAUAAGACUAAUUAAAAAUCUAUAAUGUUAAUGGAUCUCAUUCUAACAUGCUUAAAUCUGAUUACACUAGAUUUCUUAUUAUUUAGGUGAUGUUGAACUGGCAGUGUAGCAUGUAGAAGUUAUUUUAAUUAUUGUACUUAGUUUUUCUCUUUUCAUGUGUCUUUAUUGUCUUCACAUUUACUUCUUCAAUUAUUGUGUGAUGCACAGAUGCAGCUCUCAUUCUCAUUACUCUUCUGUUAAAGAGUUUAUUAUUUAAAAAUUACAUUGCACUUCUGGAUGCUAAUUUAAAGUUUCAGAACAUUUUUUUUUAAAGUUAAAUUUGUAAAGUAACAUUGUUUAUGAGCUGGUUCUAUGUGAUCUAUGUUUAAACUUUAAAUAUUGAACAAAGAAUUGCAAAGGAAAAGGUAUAAUUUGAUUUUCAGUAGUGAGAAUAUUUAUUAUAUAUUUUCUUAUCAGUACUACAGAAAAUGUAUAUUAAAUAUGCUGAAAGAAAAGGUGGAUCAAGUUAUUAUAUUAACUGAUAAGCUUUCAAAUUGUUAUUUUCUAUUACUGAAACUCAGUAAUUGAACUGAAUUUAUAUUUUAGUGUUCCGAGGAAGUCAAUUCCUAUGUACUGCAUUAAGAUCAUUUAGUAACAAAGGUUGUAGCUGGCAGUAUUCUAUUAACUUGUAUUUUAGUCAUAUCAAAUAGACAAAGAUUUCACAAUAUGCAAUUUAGAAUUCCCCCCCCCCCCAAAAGCUGUAUGACUUACUGAUGUAUAAAAAAUAUAUUGACUGUAUGCUGUUGGCAUUUUCAUCUUACUGUUUUUAUAAUUUUUGAAACAAGUUAACUGAUUAUUAUUCAGAUGUGACAAGCUGUGAUAUGCCCAUUUGUGACUUAGCAAGACUUCAAGUGGAAACUAAUUUGUCUUAUGUCCAACCACACAGACAAUACAUAACUGUGGAGUCAUAUAAAUACAUACAGAAAAAUUAAUGAUCUACUUUUGCUUUCUAAACUGUUUAAUGGAAUCCCCCCCCCCCAAAUGAGAUCAGUUGUAUGUUUCAUAAUUUGGAAAAUAAUUAAAUGAAGAGCAGGCGGCUGUUAAAGAUAUCAACUCCAUCAGCAAGCAGUUUAAAAAUCACUCUUUAUGGUCAACUGUUUGUAGAGAGUGGCAUCUUUGUCAAUUUUUUGAUUAUCCAGUGUUUUAUCUCCAUCAGUACUAAAAAUUGUGAGAAAAGGCAGUAGUCUGUAGCAUCCAAAUACAAUAUUUGUCCUGUGCUUUAUCCAGCUAUUGUACUGCGUUGCUCUAGCAGCUUGUGUGUGUGCAUGCGGCACUAGCAGCAUUGCAUUUGCCACUAAAGCUUUUUUUUUUUUACUAGAUAAAAAGUUUGGUAAGAAUGUGCCCAGUAAAAAACAACACACACAUACACUGAAAAAAAAAGCACUUUGGUAUCUGCAGAUGAAACAGCUCGACUCAUGUGCCAUUUUUGUCUUGUGAAAGAAAAAAAAUACUGCUAUGCCAAGAAGUAAACUGGAUUGGACAGCAUGCCAAUUAAGAUAACUUCCGGACACACAGGUGGGGUGUAUGCAAAUCAAUUUCAUUUCGGACAAAACUCCCCCCUUCCCCCAGGAAACUGUUACCUUAAUAUUCUGAUUUCAUCUGUGUUGGUCAUUUAUUUGUGCAAAGCUUUGUAAUUCAAGAUGCUAAAUCUGAAUAGCCACAUGCUUGUUAUAUUUUGAAAUGCAUUUUCUGUGCAAAUGUCAUGGAAUCACAGUAACAACUUGUCAUUUUUUUGCUAUUUUAGAGAUAUUACCCAGUCAUGCCUUUAUUUAAUUUUAAACUAUGAGCAUUAAUUGUAUUGUAUAAGUAUGUCUCCACCAUUUAUAUUAGAAUUUUGUUGCCCAAUACAAUAUAAUUAAUUUAAGGUUAAAUUUACAAGAUAUUACAUAGUCAGGCUGGUUAGAUUUUUUUUAAAGAGAUAAGAAAACUAUAGUCAACCAAUUGAACUGUUAUAUGAAUCACAUAAACAUAUACUCAUGUAUAAGCCCAUCCAAGGAUAAACUGACCCACAUUUUUCAUGGUAUUCUGGUUCAAUUUGAGGGUUUGCUUAGCCAUGAGAACUACAAUAAAUGCACGAGGACAAGUCCAUCGGUGGAUAAGAUGCAUCCAAUUUUUAAGCUUUCUUUUAGCACCUAAAUUCUUGGUUUAUUUCCAAGUUAUGCGGUUUUUAAUACUUUAAAAUAUUUUUUAAAAUAUUUUUUUUCUAAUACUAUAAAUUUGCAUUGAUAAGCAUCUAAACUGAACAUUAUCUAUAGCCCCACACCCACACCCACCAUUUUGAGAAAGCAUAAGUGAAAUAAGUGAAAAACAAUGUUAUUGCCAUGAUUAACAGCUCAUUAAGAAUCAGAAAUUGUUGAUGUAUUGCAAAUUAUGUGUUGUUCCACCUGUGAAAUUCAUGAUAUAAAUGUGUUCUGAUUCAUUUCGAAUUCAA